AUGGCCGUGCGAGCGCUGGCUCUGGCCUUUCUCCUAGUCCUUGCCCCUCUGCUGCUUGCACGGGGACAGAAGGACCCUGGUCCCAAGAACCAAGGGGGAGCCAAGGAAGCAGAAAUGUGCCAAAGACCCCGGUGGGACUCCAGACUCCGGCUGGCACCAGACCAGGAGAAUUACAAGAAGGAUGAAGAAGUGACGCUGAGCUGCAUCCGUGGUUUCCAGCCGUCCUUCACUCAGGUCAAGUGUUCGAGCGAGGUCCAGACCAGCAGCUACAAUAAUCCUGUUUACGGAGAAGUUUGGCUUCGAAGGGACAGCAUAGGACGCUGGAUCCACAUUCCAUCCGAUGUGGAGUGCCUUGAGGUCCUCCAGGUUGUCUCCGAUACCUUGGAGAUUUCCAGCACCAGCAUCAAACUGAACUGGACCUGCAGGCUCCUUGAUGCUUGCCAAUACAUUUGGGCCAGGUGCCGGCUGGAGGAGCAUUCUUCCCCUCCCUGUGAGGCUGAAGAGGUGAAGGGAGAGGAGAGGCUACAUGGCUGGAAGGGAACGUUUGCCUGCCCGCCCCUGCAGCCCUUCACUGACUACAGUGUCACCAUCUCCCUGCCUCCCAGCACGAUCCUGUACACACGGCUCUUCAGGACAAAGGAAACGGUGCCGGACAAACCAGAGGAGCUGUGGCUGGAUCCCAGCACGAGCAGCCUCAGGUGGAAGGCGCUGCCCUCCUGCAGAGGGGCGAUCAUCGGAUACCAGGGACCUGGGAACCACGGACUCCCCGUGGUCCCUUGCCUUGCCAGCAGCCUCCCUGCCUGCAGCUUUCUGAACAUCACAGCCAGGAGAGCGCACGAUGGCAGCUUCCUUGAAUUCAAGCAGGUGUCGCUGAACCAGUCUGUUACUCAAUACAUGCCACCUCCUCAGACGCCUGGAAGCAAAUACACGGUGACAGUGCAGGGCCUCACGGCAGCUGGUGCUGGGGCUGCGUCACUGCUGGAAUUUCAAAGCUAUGUCUCAG